GCCGCCUAUUCUGUACUCUACUCCAAUCUCAAGCUCAAAGGCUUAACACAGUCUCCCGACGCAUUCUCAUCUACAUUGGCCAGCGAGUCUGGCCUGUCUGAUGCGGCGAAGCUGGCCAGGCUCACACGCACGGACCGCAGCGUCUUUGUGGUUGAGGAUACGCACACGCACGAGUGGGUCGGCCAAGUCGUGCUCGUUGGGCCCCUGACGCUGGAGGAGUACACUGCGCCCUUUGAGGGUGCACCUCCCACCAUCGUCACCGACGAGAAGGAGCUGCAGGUGAACCGAGGCGGAGAUGCAGGAGCUGGGCGGCACUUUUGGCACCUCACAUCGCUGUACGUCGACGUGGACCAUCGCAAGCGCGGACUGGCCAACGAUCUGUGCGACGCGGCAUAUGCCUUUAUCCAGAGGCACAAGGCCUCCGACAGCGGCAAGGCGCAGACGCAGACGCUGCGGAUUAUCAUCAAGCCGGGCAAUCUCGUCGUGGUGAAAAUGUACGAACGCAUGGAUUUCCACCUCGUCGAGGACAGGCGCGCGACGUUGGCAGAGGCCAUAAGAUGCUCGGGAGAAGAGGAGCUGCCGAGCGACUACCGGCAGAAGCCCCAGUUCAACACUCGCGGCGGUCUCAUCAUGGUGAAGACGCUCUAG